UGCUACGUAGGUGACGUCACUGACCACAGGUGUGGCAACGGGUAACAGGUAAACUGUCGUCGACUCCUCGGUUUGGGACAGCGAAGUCUCCCAGACGGUCUGGACAAACUGUGGGUGUGUGUCAGAGAGGAACCAGAAACGGCCAUAACUCGUGGUUUGUUUGUACUGAGGAAGGAAGCGUCUCAGGGUAAAAAAAAAAAAGCAAAGAGGACUAAAAUGAUCUCCGACUAAGGGCCAGCUUGAAGAAGAACAUGGCUUCGCGGGUCGUCUGAGAACAUUUUGCUAACUGGGUGUGUUUUCAUCAAACUCAGCCGGUGGAGUCAUACAUUUAAAUUAUCACAAGGACCUUUCACUGUUUUCUAAUUGGAGCCAACAGACGUGUUCCAGGUGAAAGUUUAGAUCUUUGCAGCGAUGGGGGACAUCGACCCGGAGCAGGGGGAGACCUUGGACAGCGAAGGUAGGCGGCCAAAGAGGGGAGCAAAUCGACCUAUUGAAAAUGAGCGGAAUGGGUGCUGUGAUUUCCACGAAACGAUCUCCAAGUGGAUGCUCCCAGAAGAUGCACGAGAGGUGUACCUGGAAAAGGCCAACUGCCGCCCACCCCCGAUCUUCAUCAUUCUCAUCAGUAUUGCAGAGUUGGCAGUGUUUAUCUACUAUGCUGUGUGGAAGCCUCAUAAGCAGUGGGUAACCUUGGAUGAAAGCAUCUGGAAAAGUCCUCUCACCUACGACCCUAAGAAGAGAGAGGAAGCAUGGCGCUUCUUUUCCUACAUGUUCGUCCACGCUGGUGUGGAGCACAUUGUGGGUAAUCUAAUAAUGCAGCUUCUGCUGGGUAUCCCACUGGAACUGGUCCAUAAAGGAUUUGAAGUAGGAAUGGUUUACAUGGCUGGUGUCCUAGCAGGCUCUUUGGCCAGUUCCAUCUUUGAUCCUCUCAGUGUUUUGGUCGGGGCUUCAGGGGGCGUUUAUGCCUUGAUGGGAGGUUACUUCAUGAAUGCAGUGGUGAAUUUCCGAGAGAUGAUUCCUCUUCUUGGAGUGUUUCGAAUCCUCCUCAUAGUUUUAAUUGUUGGCACAGAUUUUGGCUUCGCCUUUUACAGAAGAUUCAUCAGUCAUGAGGGAGGUUUACAGGUGUCAUUUGUGGCUCAUUUUGGAGGAAUUGUUGCUGGGAUGACCAUUGGAUACGUCUUCUUUAGUGCUUACAACGAGAAGUUGCUGAAAGACCCACGUUUCUGGAUUUGUAUAGUGGGAUUUAUUGUCUUCUUAAUCUUUGCUGUGUUCUUCAACAUCUUCAUCUCUCCUGCAUCAUAGAACUGGAAAUGAUUUUACCCAAAGUUUUGCUCAGGAAGCUUAGUUUUACUUUGUAAAUAUCAAACUCUUUGUUUAUCUUUAUACUGAGAAGAAAAUUCUAGUUUUAUAGAUUAUAGUUUGGUUUUACAUAUAUUACCGUCUUGUGAUGAUCCACUGGACAAAAAAAAGUGCCUUGAACAUAUUUAAUCAGCUCUCAUUUCUUUUGUUUUCUAGAUAAAACACUUUUAAAUAAUGAUAUUUUGUUUACAUCAACAGCCCUCACAUCCAGUAUUUAUAAAACAUUAGUAAAUGUUAAUUUUCCACACAUGAAUCACAUUUUUCUAAACUUUUUAACUUUAACACUAAAUUCUGUUCAUAAAGGAGAAAAAUUAGAUUAAUGUUCUGCCUGUUUUUGUACUUUAUUGUCAUGUUGUUUUAUAAGGAGGCAUCAGCUUUAUGCCUCAUUUAUCCUGCUGCAUCCUGUUAAAGGAACAAUAAGGUGUUCAGUAAGAUGUAAAGCAGAUGUUUGAUAUCCCAGAUAUUGUAACGUAUUGUUCAUUAUGACUCAUUAAUGUGACCCCAAGUGAACGGUAUGAACAAACCUAAAAGUUAACUGUAAUGUCGGUUGUUUUUUCUAACAUUCUUUGUGAAAAUAAGACCAAAUAUUGUUUUUAGCACACGGGAGACUAGGUUGUUAAUGUAGAAACAUUAUGUUUUAGAAGACGUACCUCUAAUCUAACACUCUUCAGAAAGACUCUUCAGAGACCAAACAUGACCUCUUGUUUGGUUUUGAAUUUUCAUAUCAAGAUAUUUUAAUAAAGGUCACUGUUUUAUGGGGUGUAUUUUGCCAAGAGCCUAACCUGGCCUCCUGCAAAAAUAAAGGAGGUAUUUUAUAAAGUUUGUCCAUAAGACUGUCUUUUCUGAUUUAUGUAUAUAUUACUAGUAAUGCUACCUUCUCUGUGUCAAGAUACUUGUAUUUUCAUGCAGCAUCUGUUUUUCUUAUAUAUAUAUAUAUAUAUAUAUAUAUAUACACACACACACACACAGAGCAGUUUGUGAAUAGUAAAAUGCUGCUGCACAUCUUUUAACUCACAAGAUUAAAGACAUUUCACCAGGUUUGAGUUCACUUUACUGGCUGCCAUUUAUUUUAGAAUCCACUUUAAGAUUCUUUUAUUUAUUUUUAAGUCUUGGAACGGCCUCGCCCCACUCUACAUCUCUUUUACAGCCCUACUUGCCACCUCGUUCUACUAGGUCAGCUGGCUUUUUGCUCUUGUCAGUAGCAUCAUGUUACAUCAGAGAACCAUGCAUAAGCUCAGAGGGAACCAGGCCUUCUCUGUAGCUGGUCCUAAACUCUGGAAAGAUCUGCCACUGUACAUAAGACAGGAAUGCUCCUUGACUAUUUUAAAAUGUCUUUUAAAACAUAUUUUCUCUCAGGCUUUUAAUACUUAGUGGGGUGUUGGUUUUACAUUUAUCUUAUGUGGUUUUAUGUCAGUUUUUAAGUCCAUGUUUGAAAUUUAUUGGUUCUACUGGUGUUAAAAUAUUUUUACUGUUUUUAUCUGUACAGUACUUUGGCCUGUUUGUUUUUAAGUGCUUUAUAAAUAAAGUUGGAUUGGAUUGAGUACAA